AUAAAACUUACACCAUGUUAUAAUCUCCAAUAUUUUUUGUUUAAAGGACUGCUAAUCGUGUGCUAACUCAGUGCAAAUAUUAAAUAUUUUGGAAAUUCACUGUUGAUAAAAAAAAAGAUUCGCAGAAAUAGCUUAAUAAUGAAGCUUGCUGCAUCCAAAACAGCAGAGCAAGAGAAAUACAAGAAUCGUAUCAAGCACAUCAAUGAAUACUAUGAUGAGCAUAUAAAUGAAAUACUACCAGACUAUUUACACCGCGGUGAUAUCGUAACAUCAAACCGCAUGCUGGGAUACGCAGACGCCAUGAUGGCGACCUGUGCUACAUUCUUGGUGAUUCCCCUCAGAAAUCUAAAAGAAAUGACGCCUGAUGAAUCACUGUCGCAUUUUAUACACGAAAACAGAUCUGAGUUUAUUAUGUUCUUUCUUGGAUUUUUAGUUGUGUUGACAAUUUGGGAGUCAAUCAAUGUGAGAGCCAUCUUCAUAAAAAGAAUUGACGAUACCUUGGUUUUAAUGGGAAUCUUAGCUCUGCUAUUGACGACUAUACUCCCAUUCUCAAUCUCUUUGCAAGGCCAUUUCCCCGAUGAAGAAGUAGCGAUCAUCACUACCUGCUUAAUCUUAUUGUUGUUAGAAGUACUUGAAAUAUUCAUGAUAUUCUAUGCCUUUGCUACUCCGAGAGUGUUGCAUGUAGCAAUGCAUCAGUGGUCGAAAAAGGAGUUCACCCACUUUCGUAACACAGCAUGCAUCAAGGCCUUAGUGAACUCUUUUAUUGUUAUAGUGGGUGGUACGAUGUGUUUGCUUCAUUAUAUUGUUUCGUGGGCUUUUAUUGCUGUGAUUGUUCUCAUGCCGUUAAUGCGCAAGUUUUUCUUGCUUGUGCGUAGAAGAAGAAGUCAAAGUAAUGCACCUGAAGCUGAAACGUGUCAAUUCUUUUGGUACUUCUCCCGUGGCAAUAUCAGUAAGGAACGAGUAGAAGCGAUGAGUGAUGCUGCUAUUGCCAUCAUAGCGUGCAUUCUCAUACUGGAUAUUACUGUUGAAGAAUUCCCAACAAGAAAAGAAGUCAAGGAACAUGGAUUAACCAAAAAAUUGGAACACAUGUCAACCGAAUUUAUUACAUUCUUUGGAAGUUACCUAACAGUUUCCAUGUUAUGGUAUACUAAUCACACCGUACUACAUUUAUUUCACACAGUAAAUGUUGUUUUACUGUACUUUCAAAAACUCUUCCUUGCAUUUGCCUGUCUCUGUCCAUUGGGAAGCAACAUGAUGUUCAAAUUUAUUCAAAAGGAUAACCAAGACAGCGUACUAGCACUGCGACUCAGCAACACGUUUAUAUUAUUAUCCAGUCUGUUUAAUCUUUUGAUGCUACUUUGGGGCUUUCAUACUAAGGAUAAAUAUCUCCAUAAAUGGGCCGCAGGGACUUGCUUUCGAGCGAAUUUGCGUCAGCACGUGUACAUAGUGUUGAAAGUCUUAACUAUUCCAGUAUGUACAAUGGCAAGUCUGUUUGCAUCCUUCGCUUCUCCUGAAGCUAUGAGACAUGUUUCGCGCGGCACAUUCGUUAUCACUGUUGUAAUAUUCAUCAUACUGAAAGUGAUAUUUAUGAAUCACUGGGGAAAAGAGGUUUUUAAUGCGAAAACCGAUAAGAGGCAAGUUGUGUAUAACAAAUAUGCUAAGUCAGAGAAUGAAGAAACACACGAAGAAAGCAAAGUGGAUGUUCAAAUUGAAGUCCCUGCAUCACAAAAUGACGAAACUGUAAUAAAAAAUACCGAACUUUAAUAGAAUAUUUCUUUUCGCUCUAGUUAAAGGAAAAUUUUAAUAAUGAAAUAUAUAAAAUCAUAAAUAAAAAAGCGCGAAACUUUUACAAGUUUUUUUAGAAAAUUUUUAGUGUGAAAACAACAACAAUGUUUCGAUGUAGUAAGCAGUCCACUUAUACAUGGAUUUUAUCCGCAACCUCCGUGUCCAGAACUUUUUAAAAACCACACUUCUGUGGAGGUCCGGAGUUGCACGACAUAGAAAUUUUCUAUUGUAAUGUUAUUAACUUGAAAAAGGGCACUUAAUAUCACGAACUUAAUUUGGGUAGCAUCUGAUAGAUUUUACAUCCAGUUGCGCUGUAUCGCACAUUACUUCCCGCCAUCAAAUUUGCUUAAAAAUUAUUAUUAAUAUAAUCUUUAAUCUGAAGAUUUUGAUUGUAAAAAUGUUUUAUCAUUGCAAUGUGUUAAAUCUGUAUCAAAGUUUUGGAGUAUAUACGAAUGUGACUCACCUUGUCCCCAGGAUUUUCUUUCCUUAUGAUUAAAAAAGGCAAAAGCCCUGGGGACGAGGGUGAGGUGUAACAUUAAGUCUUGUAGAUUAAUUUAAUUUUGAUACUUAAUCCUUCCUUGUAAAUAUAAGGUUGAGACUUCCA